AUGGAAGAGGACUUGGGUGAUUGGGGUCUUCUCAGCAUUGCCGACAUAUUAGAUGCAGACUUGCCCCGAAAAAAUGAGGUGGCGUCGAUCACACCUAUUUCGCUCAAUGACCUUGAAAUACCUUUGCUUCCAUGUGAGCCGUCCUACGCUGCGAGGUAUGCCCUACUUCUGAUUAGGAAUUUAAAGUGUGAUGCUGAGCACCGGACUAGUAACCUAGAGGAAGUGGAUGCAUCUCGUUCUGCAAAACUCAAACGUUCGCUUGUCGCGUCAGAACUCAUUCGUGAAAAACUUUUGGGUGCCAUCGAAUCUUUUGCUUUGACCGUUCAACAGGAAACUUGUGAACCAAAUUUUCUCCAGACAAUAGUCCUUUUGGGAUCCCUUGUAUGCCCAGAUAUUUGUUCUUUUUGUGAUGCCCUCAUUGAUGGAACUGAGACAAUAGCCCUGAGAACUACCUGCUCUCCCAAUGACAUAAGCUCAUGUGUUGAUGUCAUUCAAUCGUUUAAGUCUCAGGCCAAUUUGAGUGUGCUAACAAACGAACAGCAAGCCAGGCUUUUCUGCGCCGAAUUUUCGUUGUCUUUGCGCUGUGGAAAACUCAGUGCUGUUGUGAAUUGCCUACUUCGGAGAUCAGGAACAGAAGAGCUUAAAGGGGGAUAUUCUCCUCCUCCUCUGGAACACCGCGUGAAUUUUGUAAAAUCCAAAACAGAUAGUUUUUUGACUCGUAUUUGUGAUUUACCAUUUUCUGUGCAAACAGCUCAAGUAUACUGCUUCCCUGGUGACGAAAAAUUGUUUGUGUGCAGUGGAAACCGUGGAUGUGUGUUUGAUCAAUUGGGUAUGAUGGGAACUCGUUUUAAGGCCAAAACGGAGUUUGAAGUUUCUCUAGGAAAAAAUGCGAGAGUUGUUUUCUGCAAUGAUAAGGAAAUAUUUUUGGCUCAGCGAGCGACUUCGGCUAUGGGUAGUGUUUGUUACAACUUACAAAAAUGUGAUCGUGCGUCUGGAAGGUCUCUAGCUACAUCAUUGAUUAAUUUUUGCUUUGAGGACAAUGCAGCUUCGACACGAGAGGUUGUUUUCACUAUGUGUGGUACAACGCUUACUUGCCUUGUUUGCAUUGAGUCAUCGAGGAUAUCAAAUAGCAAAUGCCAUUUGUUGCAGAGGGAUAUUGAUUCGGUGUUUUCUGCACCUCAGACUGAAUUUCUCGUAACUUGUCAGAGUACACUAAAACGAGGACCGGCCUCCUCUUGUGAGAAGAGGAAAUGCUACUACUUUACCAAGAUAAAUUCUGUAUCGGUUGGUAGAGUUACCUUGAAGGAGAGUUUUCACCCAUUUACUAUAGAGAUGUGGGUUUUCCCAUGCAAUGCAUCUGAAAAUCAGACUGUUAUCUCACUUGGUGACAAGAACGUGGAUGAAGUUUUAAUUGAAAUUGAACCCACUUCGGAGGGUGUGUUGUGGCGAGGCGGGUCUAGGACUCCGCAUCUUGGGGCAUCAUUCGUAUCGUUUGAUGUGCCUGGGAAGCUGGCUUUUUGCCAGAGAUGGUGGCAUGUUGGACUCAUAUUUAAGGGUACUUCAUGGGAACUAUGGAUUGAUGAUGCUAUUGUUGCUCAUGCACCAGCUCUAGUCUCUCCCGAGGCAAUAUCUGAUAUUGAGUGUUGUCUGGGAAAAAGUUUUGUCGGAUGUUUGGCUGAAGUUCGCAUAUGGAAUUGCUGCCGUACUCCUGCUCAGCUCUUCAGGGACAGUAGGCGAUCCCUAACUACUGUAGAGCCCACACUUACUGGGUACUAUCCACUUGAUGAAGGCGAAGGUGAUGUUAUUGCGGAUUACGCUCCAAAUGGCUGCCAUGCACUUUUGCACCAUGGACAGGCAACAUGGUCGUCUGUUGACCAUUUUCCUGUUGCUCAACCCGAUGCUUUGCGAUGCAUUGAUGACUUUGCACCAAUUGCUUGGCGUGAAGCCUCAGGUAAGCUUUUCUUGUCAAACUGUCCAGGAUAUGUUGCUAUUGCUGUACCAACUGACGGCCCUUCACUCACCAUUUGCGAGUACACAACAUAUGACCGAAGGCUCGUAUUUCAGGCAAGGUUGGAACUUCCUGCCCGCACGCCACUUAAGGGUCUAGCAUACAACGCAUUGCGUCAUUCUUUGGUGUGCUUUGCUUCUACCGUUGAGCAACCCAAACGACUACUGAUUUGGGAACUACACCAGCAGCACUACUUCCCUUUUCUAAGGAAAGAUUCUUACGAAAGUGUGUGGGAGUGUGAGAGAGAUUUGAUGACACAAUGUGCAGCUUAUGCUAGGCGUCUUGUGGGUGCGGAGCGCUGUUUAGUAGACCAGCUCUCGUGGUCUGUGCAGGUUCCGAGGCUUGUUGUUGAUACAACAGAGGGACUUUUGACAAAUCUGCUACGACUUAUCCACAAGGUAUUGUUUGACCAAAAAAAUCACGUCUAUGCCGGAGAAUUAUGUGCUCUGUUGCAUGCCAAUUUGUUGUGCCGGGCUGAAAAUCAACACGAGGGAUUACGAAAAGAAAUUGGCGAUGCGCUUCCAGAUGCGCAGAGUCUUAUCAAAGCUGCACAGGAGUGCAGUGAGACACCAAACGCACGGUCAGAACUAUUGCGCCUCUCCUUCCAAGAAACGUUUUUUAGCACUGGCCUUCUCUCCAUGACUUGCCGCUGCUUACUCUCCGAAAAAAGUCGUCUUGCCUUCAUCAAAAAUCAAGCGGGUCGAGGAAGAUUUACCGAAAAAGAAGAUUUGCUGUUUCGUUGCCUCCUUGAGUACUAUGAGUCAUUGCAAGCUUCGAGUUUGCUAAUAUCUAACGUGGAGAGUGCUCAGCUUUUCUGCAAUUCCCUGAUGGCGGAGGAAGUGUUUCAGAUGGACCGAUGGCUAACGGGUCACAAUAAGGCUUUAGAGGCUGUGAAACGGACAAGUCACUGUCUCGAGGUGUUUCAAGAAAUUCUUCUGGCUAAAGCUGUAGAGAAGCCUCAGGGGGAAUGUAGCAACUUUGCAACUUUAUAUGCGAAGCUGCUUCUGCGAACGUGUGAAAAAAUCAUGGAAAUUUCCUCCAAAAUGAUUCGAAAGAAACCGGAAAUUUAUCACGCUGGGCUUAUUGUAUGCAUAGAACAAAGUGCAGUUGGUGCUCUAUUGCCCUCAUUCACUGUUGCUCUUCCUUUACUGCCUACGAGUGUGCAGGCGAGUUGCGUGCCUUCCCUGAAAGGGUGCCGUGAAGCGUUGUUCUCACUCACAGAUGCACUUCCUCGAAACGAGCGUCUACCAUAUGAGCUUGGUGUAGCACUUACAUCAGCUUUGUGUCGUAUUGGUUGUUCACUACUUUUCUCUGCAGAUAUGAUGACAUCACGCGUGGAACCAAAAUACUUGCACUUGCUUUGGGGGGGCGUCCGCAAGUCAGGAUCAGAGCGGGACGCUAUCAUAAAGAACUUGCAGCAUGGGGUUGGGUGUAUCUCAAGGGUAGUGGAUGAGCUUCAUCGCGAGGAUCCAGGAGCACUGCUUGUCAUUCGGGAUGAUCGCUUGAUGAAACUGGAGCGUCUUCUUAUGGCAGCAUUUUGCGCGCUUUUAAUUCCUACGGAGUCUUUGAGAGAAGCAACGAAACAAAUCUUGGCCCCAAUGUUUCGGUACGUUCACAAUAUGCGGGCUUUGAUUCUCUCAAAGCGACAAGAGAGCCGAGAAUCACUUGAUAUUUUGGAGCAGCGGGCCUUGGUUUUGGCUCGUUUCGAGCCCAUCUGCAAGGGGAAGCCAGACGUUUCUCCUCGUAACAAACCAUUUUCGAAAGACGCAAAUCCACAGCGAAAAUGGAAACGUUUUUUCCAAAGUUGGAAGGCACUACGGGUUUUGAAGACAAAACUACCUCAACAACGAGAGAUGGAAGCUGAUGACACAGGUGCUGUCAUUGUACAAUUUCUCCAAGAUGAAAAUAUGGAUCGUGACAGUGUUGACCGUCUUGUUAUGCAGCAGACGCAGAGAGCUCACUAUCGUUUGUCUGGAAUGCUGCUGCUGCGACAGCUAAUUGAAGAGGCAAGAGUAAGCAGUACUCUCGCAGGUGUUGUUCUUCCUGUCGUAGCAAAAGCAUUUACCGGAUGGCAUUACGCAGACAAUGUGCAGUGUUGCUCAAAAGAAGAUUUUCUUCGACUUCAUGGUGCUUUCUUUCAGCUGCUGGAGCAUGUAGUGGUUAACGUUAAAAGCGGUGAGCAUAGCUUCUGGGCUGAUGUUUUGUUAGCGCUAUUGACGUCAGAACUUCGAGUGAUUGACUUUCGGCGAAUGAGAAAGGAUGUAGCUGUGACGCUUGGUUUCUUAUGGAGUUUUGAAAAUCGAAAAAUUAAUUGGAUACCGCGAGUAAAUGGAUGCGUACCGGAAAGUUUACGCAACACAGUACUCUCUGGAAGUGGGGCUGCUCCAGCUCUGGUAAUUGGUCGCUCGGGCCGUACAAUGAAGGGCUUAGGUGGAAGAGGAACUUGUGUAGUUUCCUGUGAGUGGUCUUUGACGCACAAGAAUGUUUCCUACUACUUUGAAGUACUCAUCGUGGACUUGUACCCUGGAGGUAGCUGUUGUGUUGGCGUUGGUCCUUCCGAUUAUAGUGUUUCACGUUUACCUGGAUGGGACAGUGAGUCAUAUGCAUUGCAGGGUGAAGAAGGCACCCUUUAUGAGGGCAAUACGCUUGGUCGACCAAUUGGCUGCACAUUUAGCAUUGGAGAUGUUAUGGGUUGUGGAUGGAACACAGAGACAAAGGAGAUUUACUGGACCAAAAAUGGGAAGGAUAUUGUAGCCUCAGUGCAGGUUCCACAACAAAGUCUAUAUCCAUUGAUUGGGUUGUGUGGGAAGGUGCUUGUGAAGGUUAACUUUGGCGCAGAUAGAUUUAUAUUCGAUAAGUUGCCAGGACCCAAAUCAUUGAAGCAGAAUUUGCCGGAAAAUGCGUGGGACGUUUUUCGUAUUUUUUCUCUUCGAGCGGCUCUUAGCGUCGUUGAAUCAUCCUGUGACUCAAGAACAAAGCAUACUGAGUCACUUGAGGGACUGCGGACUGUCCUUGAGCAGUGUCUCGAGUGUCUCUGUGCAGAGAUUACGCGCACCCUUCUUCUUCCUAUGUCCGAAGUGUAUGUGAUAUCACUCUGCGCCCAUUUAACAACUCUGGGAAAGACACUUGUGUCUGUGCCAGACGGCAUACUGGCAUCCUGUGUGCAGCACGUAGCUAUUGUUUUGCAGCAAGGAACCCAUCAUGCUCUCCAGAGUUCGAUAUGUUCUUCAAAGCUACGUUGUUCACUCAUCACGGCGUGGUCUGCCUUUAUGAAUCUGACCGUUCCACGUGCUGUCACAGAGGAUAGACAGUUGCCCAGCUUCCUUGACACGUUGCUGGCGCUGGGGCGUGAACUCGAGUGGGCUGUAUUACAACGACCAGUGACUUCGGACUCCGAAACUUGUACAGUUUUUGAAGCCUGGACAGCCCUUGCCCUUUUGCAGCAUAUGAAUUGCGAAAAUCCAACACAUCGUUGGAGGGAGGAGCUACAUGCUUGGAUCAUGCAAAGCCUGGAUGGAUUUCAGGAUAGAGCCAGCACAUCCUUGGCGCUUCGAAUUUUAUUCGGCGGCCCUCGACUUGCCGUGCCUGGAGAUCGUGUAAUAGUGCAAAAAUCCAAGCAUACAAAAACGACAGCCACCUUGGUUGACUACUCACUUGAUGAUGAAACAUGUGACAUCAUUGAGAACCAAGAGAAACGACAAACUGUCUCUUUACGUCAAACAGAGAUCACUGUAGGAGAUGAAAUACUGACUUUCCCUCAGACAGAUAACAAGUUCCACGAAAUGCAGAUGGGCCAGGUCCUCAAACUAGCGCAACGGCUAUUGGGGGAAAAUGGUGCGGAUGCUGGAAUUGUGGGAGCCGCUUUUCAGUCCAGAGUCCUCGCUAUUGUCUGGCGAUGUGUGCGGAAGGGAUGCCUUGUCGUACCAAGUGAGUAUUUUCCUUUCCUGGCUAAACUUUGUGAUAGUGUUGAGUGUACCUCCGACGAACAUCAGGUGCUAGUACGGGAGAAGCUGGUUAUUGAAUACUGCCUUCUUGGGAAAUUGUUGGACAAUAGUGGAUGUGCUACCGUUACCGAGCCAAUGGGGGGCCGCAAUAUUGACGGCAGGGAGACACGGACACGACUGGCACAGGAACUUUCUAUGCGAGGUUACAACAUUGACCUCUGUUUCCUUGCUUUAGAUGAGACGAACAAUGAUUUCCAGGCGGCGCUUCAGCUUUUGGCUGAUCACCAUGGGGAUUUUAUGUCGACGCAACGCCGUACAGUUUCAUCAUCCAGCGAAGAAGAAGACAUUAGCAGUGAAGAUGGCGAGAUUGAUGCUGCUGAAUACGACCUUCACGUUUUGUUUCCCGCUGAAAGCGAUGAUGGGAUAGAAGAGGAAAUUUCUAUGGAUCACUGCGAUCCACUUAACGAUGGUAUUCGCUUUCUCGGUGGUUACGUAUGUGUUACUUGUAUGCGGCCUCUAGGGCGUACUUUUAGCAUUGAUAUGCAAGUGUAUCUUUUCGACGUUACGGUAACACAGGUUGUGUUUCACCAAAAUUCGAAUAUGGAAGGGUGGCAGCUUGUGGCUCGUGUUCAGGGUUCCACACUCCAUUGCGGUUGGGUAAAGGUGGGUGAUGAUACCACACCAUCGCUUUGCAAGGCCCCCAUAGAGUACGCGGAUACUUUGCGCUGGAUCCAGUUUACAGUUGUACAGAAUUCAUCUACAUUCUCCCUUUAUAAGGGUGGUGUUCUCCAAUCAGAGAUGAGGUUUCCUUACAUGGGUGGAUUGUUCGACGAUGCGUUGUGCAUUGGGGGGCGCGCAGAGAGUGAGGAUACACGCCUAAGUGGAGGUGUAAAGGACGUCCGUUUUUUUAACGUUGCAUUAUCACGGGAAGAAGUAAGUCGCCUGAAGACCCUGCAGGUUUCAGAUUCCCUUCAAAGACAACCCCUCGUACUAGAAUGUACCAGUGAUAUCAUAAGGGUUGUUUCGACAGGUGUAGAUUAUGCUGCCAGCGUCACAGUUGUGGGCGCUGUAACUUGGUUUGAGCAGCCGGGUGGAGAUGGGCGAAGUAACGACGUGUGCCAACAAGAAAUCGACUUUACUACUCAAAAUGACGAGGAUGGCAUCUUCACUAUUGACGCUGUGAAUGAGGCAAACAACUUUUCUACCAUUUGGCGAAGACGGAAAGAUCAACGGAGGGAGCAGCUCUUGUCCGCUGUACCAAAAAUUGACAAGCAGCUUGCAGGUUAUUAUGCCGUAGCCAUACUGACAGAAAUGGCACGCCUAACAUCUGACCCUGGUGUAUGCCUCACGCGGGAUCAGGUUCAUAGGAUGGUGCGAUUUGCUGUAAGUUCUCAGGAUACUGACCUAUUGCAGUCACUUACUGUCACGCUGCAGCAUGUGGCAAGGAGUGAAGAUGCUAAUUUCGUUAACUAUGCUGUUGAAGAAUUGGUGGAUUUGGUACAGCGUGAACAAAAAAUGCUCGUCUUUGAGUCGUCACACCCAUUCAAGUCUACAUCUGAAACUGCUCAUGAGGUGUACGUCCCUGGUAGGCGUUCGUAUGAGCUUCACUUCGACACUCGGUGCUCUUCAAGCAGCAUGCUCGUCACAUUCUAUACUGAUCAUACACUCUCUAGCGUCAUCACACAGGCCCCUGGUUACGCGCUGAAUUCUCUCUCCAUUCACGCCCCACGCUUCUUUUUUGAUGUACGCAUGGACACCUCCACUCCUCAGUGGGGCUACAAGGUCGUUGUUUUGUAUGACUCCUCGGUGCCUCGGUUUGCAGCCAGGCUCCUCCGCUCCACGCUCUCUGCAGUCAUUGUGCGAGGAUUGUCAAGAGUUGAGUUUAUCAAAUCAAGCGCAUGCUUGGAAGGUAUGGCAAAUGCGAUCAGGGUCAAUGUUGGUGCUACUCGUCGUCUUGUGCUUUCAUGUCUGACAGACCUUUUCCUCCACGCGUCAGAUUACACUCACUCAGUGCCGCAAGUGGCUCGCAUGCACGACCUCCGGCGCAUGUCAGAGCGUCUUUCCCGACGAUCAGUAGGAUCAGAACAUUUACAAUGUCGUUUUGUGCAGAUUGUUUCAGAAUUUUAUGUUGCCCUCAAGGAUGCAGAGCAUUGCUGGCGUGCGAUAGGGGACGAAGGAGCAAAGAUUCGUGAUGGGAAGUACGAUGCUGCAGAUGACACCGAUUGCUUUCUUCGGAAGAGACUUGAGCAACGCAACCUUUACAAGCGCCGAGAAGGAUUACGCGUUACAGUUGAAAAGGUUCUUCAUCCAGAUAGUCUUCGCAUUGGUGUUAACCCAAACAAGACGAUAUUGGCAUGGAGCGAGCGUUCCGGUAGUUCUGUCAUUGCAGACGUUCCACUAGGUUCCGGGAAGUGGUAUUUUGAGGUGCGCAUGAUGGCAACUGGAGAUGCUUUUAUUGGUGUUCUUCCCUCACGCCUGCGACACCACACGGACACACCUACUCUGGAGGCUUUUGUGGCGUUCAAUGGAAAGACAGGUACCUACCGCGGGUUAAAGGACGUUACGGUGGCACCACGUCGCAUUUGGAAGGCCAAGGACUACGUUGGUGUGGUGAUGGAUGGUGCCCAGAAGACUUGCACCUUCUUUGUGAAUGGAUACGAUACUGGUCUAUUCUUCUUUUUUGGGGCAAACGAGGCAGAGGCCGUUUCCGCGGCCGGUGCCGAUCUGCAGGACGAGCAGGAAGUGUCAUACCACCCAUUUUUUGUCCUGGAAGAGGAGGAGGGCAUCACCAUUAACUUUGGCGGGGCACACUUUGAGUAUGAAGCCCCGCGUGACUGUUUCCCACUCGAUCCAGCGAAUCUCGCGUUGGGGACGGUGAUUCCGUACAAUCAGCUACGCGCUUUUCAUGACCUCGCUACAUACAUUGUGUCAGCCGGCCGCAAUACACUACCUCCUUUUUUUCACGAGGAAGCGAACCCUUUCGAUGGUUCGACGGAACGUUUUGGCCCUCCGCACGUCUCCCUACAUUCUACUACAGGAGUGCAAGUGAACUUGCUGCUUGUGAGAAACACAGGGACCCGUUUUUCGACAGUAAGGGCAAACUGCCGUGUUUCAGGCGGAAAAUGGUACUACGAGGUUACGUUGCGUUCUCAAGGGCUCAUUCAGAUUGGGUGGUCUUCGUCUGCCGAGCCACAGACCGCAAGUGUUGGGGACACACCCACCUCGUGGUCAGUAGAUCUCUUUCGGCGAGUAAAAUGGCAUGAUGGAAAGUCUGAGCUUCUCACAGCCUCACGCCGGUGGGUAGUGGGGGAUGUCAUUGGGUGCGCCCUGGAUCUUGUGGAGAAGAAAAUGAUGUUUACAUGCAACGGCCGCGUUCUGUGCGAUACCACGUUAAGCGACACUACCUUUGCUAACAUACCUGCUUCGAUUAUGUAUGAGCCCGCUGUUUCUCUGCGAGCUGGGAACGAGGUGCUAUUCAACUUUGGUUCAUCUAGUUUCAAGUACAAACCCGAGGGCUUUUGUGCCCUGGGUGUACCCGAUUCAUGGAAUGAGCGGAUGGAUGCAUUUUACUCGACUUUGCGACCAUCAACGACACUAUUACGGUUGCGAGCCUUGAAGGAAAUGUGGCUUUCAGCCGAUCGGCUUGAGCUGAACGAUACCCUGAAGCUUUAUCAUGCCGUUGUCGAUGCUGUGCAAGGAUACUGUAGCCAACACAGCAAGAGUUUUGCACAGGUGACGGAGGAUGUUUGCGCAGAGAUUUUUUGUGACACACCUAUUUCUCUCCAGGAAGCGUGGGAGGGGUAUAGAGUAUUAGUGGCAUUUUCUCGUGUUGCUCAGACUGUUAUUCCUUUUCUUCACAUCGACACAAGGCACCCUAACGUGUCGACGAAGCUCUUUCUGGCGUGCCGUAGCCUGUUGUUCUCAUCACUUCGAAAUGAGAUGGUUGAUGACAUUUUACGUGAGACUAAUGUACGUGCCGAGCACUUUCGAGUAUCAAUAAAUCGAAUAAAGGCUCGCACAAACAAAAGCUCGUGGAUGUCAUCAGUGUUUGGCCAGACUUUUUCGCUUGUGGCAGAUCAGCACCCGCGCAUAUUCCGCACUAACAGAAGGUUCUGGAGCGUUGUGCUCCUUGGUGAAGGCUCGGAAGACGUGGGUGGGCCUUUCCGAGAACACAUUGGUGAAAUAUGUCGUGAACUCAUGAGCACAUCACUGCCUCUAUUUGUUCCAACAGCGAACAAUGUUCACAACACAGGUUUGUACCGCGACGCCUUUGUUCCUGCUGCAUCUGCGACAAGUACGGAGGAGCUUUCGGCCUUCACAUUUGUUGGUCAGUUGAUGGGUGGUGCUUUGCGAAGCAAUGAGCCGCUUAGUUUUUUCUUUCCGCCCCUGCUGUGGAAGUUGCUUUGCUUCUACCCUGUCACCGAGUCAGAUCUCGAUGAAGUGGAUCGCAUUUGCCUGCAGUGUAUCCGGGAGUUCCGUAACUUGAAGAGCCACGUUACCUCCAGUGAUAUGUUUAAUGAAGUGUUUGACUCUGAGACAUUCACGACGCAUCUCAGCGACGGAUCGGUAAAAGAGCUCAUACCUGGUGGGUCUUCCACGCGGGUAACAUUUGAACGUUGCGAAGAAUAUGCCAAUGCCUUAUCAGCCGCGCGGCUUGCUGAGUUUACGCAACAGCUUGAUAAGAUACGCGAAGGCUUGCUCAGCGUGGUACCAGAGACUGUACUUUGCUUGCUGACGCCGAGUGAACUGGAGUUACGUGUCUGUGGCAAGCCGGACUACUCUGUGGAGGAGCUGCGCGAAGGGGCUGUGUACGAAGGCCUUACAAGCGACGACAGACGGGUGCAGUUUUUGUGGCGGGCACUGGAGGAGGGGACCACACUUCAGCGUCGGUUGUUUCUGCGGUUUGUUUCGGGAAGAGAUCGGCUGCCCGUCAAGCUACGUGUUCUUCCACUGUCUACACCGGGUGAUGCAGAUAGUGUACUGCCCCGCGCAGCCACAUGCUUCUUCGCCGUGGAGCUCCCUGACUACUCCUCUGUCGAAGUGAUGAAGGCAAAACUGUACUAUAGUAUCGAGAAUUGCGCUGACAUUGAUACUGAUUUCAACCCACGUGAGGUGGACGAAAGCGAAGCCCCACAGCUUAUGGUAGGAAUGGAGGACACACGACAGGAGGAGAUGGACUCUGCCACAAUGAGUGAUUGA